AUGUUGUUUCAGAUGGUGCAGAUGAUGAUGAGGGUGAUGAUGUUGUUUCAGAGGUUGCAGCUGCUGUUGAGGGUGAUGAUGUUGUUUCAGAGGUUGCAGCUGCUGUUGAGGGUGAUGAUGUUGUUUCAGAGGUUGAAGCUGCUGUUGAGGGUGAUGAUGUUGUUUCAGAGGUUGCAGCUGCUGUUGAGGGUGAUGAUGUUGUUUCAGAGGUUGCAGCUGCUGUUGAGGGUGAUGAUGUUGUUUCAGAGGUUGCAGCUGCUGUUGAGGGUGAUGAUGUUGUCUCAGAGGUUGAAGCUGCUGUUGAGGGUGAUGAUGUUUCAGAGGUUGCAGCUGCUGUUGAGGGUGAUGAUGUUGUCUCAGAGGUUGAAGCUGCUGUUGAGGGUGAUGAUGUUGUUUCAGAGGUUGCAGCUGCUGUUGAGGGUGAUAGUGUUGUCUCUGAGGUUGAAGCUGCUGUUGAGGGUGAUGAUGUUGUUUCAGAGGUUGCAGCUGCUGUUGAAGAUGAUGAUGUUGUCUCAGAGGUUGAAGCUGUUGUUAAGGGUGAUGAUGUUGUCUCUGAGGUUGCAGCUGCUGUUGAGGGUGAUGGUGUUGUCUCUGAGGUUGAAGCUGCUGUUGAGGGUGAUGAUGUUGUUUCAGAGGUUGCAGCUACUGUUGAGGGUGAUGAUGUUGUCUCAGAGGUUGAUCCUGCUGUUGAGGGUGAUGAUGUUGUUUCAGAUGUUGCAGCUGCUGUUGAGGGUGAUGAUGUUGUCUCAGAGGUUGAAGUUGUUGUUAAGGGUGAUGAUGUUGUUUCAGAGGUUGCAGCUGCUGUUGAGGGUGAUGGUGUUGUCUCAGAGGUUGAUCCUGCUGUUAAGGGUGAUGAUGUUGUUUCAGAGGUUGCAGCUACUGUUGAGGGUGAUGAUGUUGUCUCAGAGGUUGAUCCUGCUGUUGAGGGUGAUGAUGUUGUUUCAGAUGUUGCAGCUGCUGUUGAGAGUGAUGAUGUUGUUUCAGAGGUUGCAGCUGCUGUUGAGGGUGAUGCUGUUGUCUCAGAGGUUGAAGCUGCUGUUGAGGGUGAUGAUGUUGUUUCAGAGGAUGCAGCUGCUGUUGAGGUUGAAGUUGUUGUUUCAGAGGUUGCAGCUGCUGUUGAGGGUGAUGAUGUUGUCUCUGAGGUUGAAGCUGCUGUUGAGGGUGAUGAUGUUGUUUCAGAGGUUGCAGCUGCUGUUGAGGGUGAUGGUGUUGUCUCUGAGGUUGAAGCUGCUGUUGAGGGUGAUGAUGUUGUUUCAGAGGUUGAAGCUGCUGUUGAUGGUGAUGAUGUUGUUUCAGAUGUUGCAGCUGCUGUUGAGGGUGAUGAUGCUGUCUCAGAGGUUGAAGCUGCUGUUGAGGGUGAUGAUGUUGUUUCAGAGGUUACAGCUGCUGUUGAGAGUGACGCUGUUGUCUCAGAGGUUGACGCUGCUGUUGAGGGUGAUGAUGUUGUUUCAGAGGUUGCAGCUGCUGUUGAGGGUGAUGAUGUUGUCUCUGAGGUUGAAGCGGCUGUUGAGGGUGACGCUGUUGUCUCAGAGGUUGAAGCUGCUGUUGAGGGUGAUGAUGUUAUUUCAGAGGUUGCAGCUGCUGUUGAGGGUGAUGAUGUUGUCUGAGAGGUUGAAGCUGCUGUUGAGGGUGACGCUGUUGUCUCAGAGGUUGAAGCUGCUGUUGAGGGUGAUGAUGUUGUUUCAGAGGUUGCAGCUGCUGUUGAUGGUGAUGAUGUUGUCUCAGAGGUUGAAGCUGCUGUUGAGGGUGAUGAUGUUGUUUCAGAGGUUGCAACUGCCGUUGAGGGUGAUGAUGUUGUUUCAGAUGUUGCAACUGCUGUUGAGUGUGAUGAUGUUGUCUCAGAGGUUGAAGCUGCUGUUGAGGGUGAUGAUGUUGUUUCAGAGGUUGCAGCUGCUGUUGAGGGUGAUGAUGUUGUUUCAGAGGUUGAAGCUGCUGUUGAGGGUGAUGAUGUUGUUUCAGAGGUUGAAGCUGCUGUUGAGGGUGAUGAUGUUGUUUCAGAGGUUGCAGCUGCCGUUGAGGGUGAUGGUGUUGUCUCUGAGGUUGAAGCUGCUGUUGAGGGUGAUGAUGUUGUUUCAGAGGUUGCAGCUGCUGUUGAGGGUGAUGAUGUUGUCUCAGAGGUUGAAGCUGCUGUUGAGGGUGAUGAUGUUGUUUCAGAUGUUGCAGCUGCUGUUGAGGAUGAUGAUGUUGUCUCAGAGGUUACAGCUGCUGUUGAGAGUGACGCUGUUGUCUCAGAGGUUGACGCUGCUGUUGAGGGUGAUAUUGUUGUUUCAGAGGUUGCAGCUGCUGUUGAGGGUGAUGAUGUUGUCUCAGAUGUUGAAGCUGCUGUUGAGGGUGAUGAUGUUGUUUCAGAGGUUACAGCUGCUGUUGAGAGUGACGCUGCUGUCUCAGAGGUUGACGCUGCUGUUGAGGGUGAUGAUGUUGUUUCAGAUGUUGCAGCUGCUGUUGAGGGUGAUGAUGUUGUCUCUGAGGUUGAAGCGGCUGUUGAGGGUGACGCUGUUGUCUCAGAGGUUGAAGCUGCUGUUGAGGGUGAUGAUGUUGUUUCAGAGGUUGCAGCUGCUGUUGAGGGUGAUGAUGUUGUCUGAGAGGUUGAAGCUGCUGUUGAGGGUGACACUGUUGUCUCAGAGGUUGAAGGUGCUGUUGAGGGUGAUGAUGUUGUUUCAGAGGUUGCAGCUGCUGUUGAUGGUGAUGAUGUUGUCUCAGAGGUUGAAGCUGCUGUUGAGGGUGAUGAUGUUGUUUCAGAGGUUGAAGCUGCUGUUGAUGGUGAUGAUGUUGUUUCAGAUGUUGCAGCUGCUGUUGAGGGUGAUGAUGUUGUCUCAGAGGUUGAAGCUGCUGUUGAGGGUGAUGAUGUUGUUUCAGAUGUUACAGCUGCUGUUGAGUGUGACGCUGUUGUCUCAGAUGUUGACGCUGCUGUUGAGGGUGAUGAUGUUGUUUCAGAGGUUGCAGCUGCUGUUGAGGGUGAUGAUGUUGUCUCUGAGGUUGAAGCGGCUGUUGAGGGUGACGCUGUUGUCUCAGAGGUUGAAGCUGCUGUUGAGGGUGAUGAUGUUGUCUCAGAGGUUGAAGCUGCUGUUGAGGGUGAUGAUGUUGUUUCAGAGGUUGCAGCUGCUGUUGAUGGUGAUGAUGUUGUCUCAGAGGUUGAGGGUGAUGAUGUUGUUUCAGAGGUUGCAGCUGCUGUUGAGGGUGAUGAUGUUGUUUCAGAGGUUGACGCUGCUGUUGUGGGUGAUGAUGUUGUUUCAGAGGUUGCAGCUGCUGUUGAGGGUGAUGAUGUUGUCUGAGAGGUUGAAGCUGCUGUUGAGGGAGACGCUGUUGUCUCAGAGGUUGAAGCUGCUGUUGAGGGUGAUGAUGUUGUUUCAGAGGUUGCAGCUGCUGUUGAUGGUGAUGAUGUUGUCUCAGAGGUUGAAGCUGCUGUUGAGGGUGAUGAUGUUGUUUCAGAGGUUGAAGCUGCUGUUGAGGGUGAUAUUGUUGUUUCAGAGGUUGCAGCUGGUGUUGAGGGUGAUGAUGUUGUCUCUGAGGUUGAAGCUGCUGUUGAGGGUGAUGAUGUUGUUUCAGAGGUUGCAGCUGCUGUUGAGGGUGAUGAUGUUUUUUCAGAGGUUGAAGCUGCUGUUGAUGGUGAUGAUGUUGUUUCAGUUGUUGCAGCUGCUGUUGAGGGUGAUGAUGUUGUCUCAGAGGUUGAAGCUGCUGUUGAGGGUGAUGAUGUUGUUUCAGAGGUUGCAGCUGCUGUUGAUGGUGAUGAUGUUGUCUCAGAUGUUGCAGCUGCUGUUGAGGGUGAUGAUGUUGUCUCAGAGGUUGAAGCUGCUGUUGAGGGUGAUAUUGUUGUUUCAGAGGUUGCAGCUGCUGUUGACGGUGAUGAUGUUGUCUCAGAGGUUGAAGCGGCUGUUGAGGGUGACGCUGUUGUCUCAGAGUUUGAAGCUGCUGUUGAGGGUGAUGAUGUUGUUUCAGAGUUUGCAGCUGCUGUUGAGGGUGAUGAUGUUGUCUGAGAGGUUGAAGCUGCUGUUGAGGGUGACGCUGUUGUCUCAGAGGUUGAAGCUGCUGUUGAGGGUGAUGAUGUUGUUUCAGAGGUUGCAGCUGCUGUUGAGGGUGACGCUGUUGUCUCAGAAAUUGAAGCUGCUGUUGAGGGUGAUGAUGUUGUCUCAGAGGUUGAAGCUGUUGUUGAGGGUGAUGAUGUUGUUUCAGAGGUUGCAGCUGCCGUUGAGGGUGAUGAUGUUGUUUCAGAGGUUGCAGCUGCUGUUGAUGGUGAUGAUGUUGUCUCAGAGGUUGAAGCUGCUGUUGAGGGUGAUGAUGUUGUUUCAGAGGUUGAAGCUGCUGUUGAGGGUGAUGAUGUUGUUUCAGAGGUUGCAGCUGCCGUUGAGGGUGAUGGUGUUGUCUCUGAGGUUGAAGCUGCUGUUGAAGGUGAUGAUGUUGUUUCAGAGGUUGAAGCUGCUGUUGAGGGUGACGCUGUUGUCUCAGAGGUUGAAGCUGCUGUUGAGGGUGAUGAUGUUGUUUCAGAGGUUGCAGCUGCCGUUGAGGGUGAUGAUGUUGUUUCAGAGGUUGAAGCUGCUGUUGAGGGUGAUGAUGUUGUUUCAGAAGUUGCAGCUGCUGUUGAGGGUGAUGAUGUUGUCUGAGAGGUUGAAGCUGCUGUUGAGGGAGAUGAUGUUGUUUCAGAGGUUGCAUCUGCCGUUGAUGGUGAUGGUGUUGUCUCUGAGGUUGAAGCUGCUGUUGAGGGUGAUGAUUCUGUUUCAGAGGUUGCAGCUGCUGUUGAGGGUGAUGAUGUUGUCUCAGAGGUUGCAGCUGCUGUUGAGGGUGAUGAUGUUGUUUCAGAGGUUGAAGCUGCUGUUGAGGGUGAUAUUGUUGUUUCAGAGGUUGCAGCUGCUGUUGAGGGUGAUGAUGUUGUCUCUGAGGUUGAAGCGGCUGUUGAGGGUGACGCUGUUGUCUCAGAGUUUGAAGCUGCUGUUGAGGGUGAUGAUGUUGUUUCAGAGUUUGCAGCUGCUGUUGAGGGUGAUGAUGUUGUCUGAGAGGUUGAAGCUGCUGUUGAGGGUGACGCUGUUGUCUCAGAGGUUGAAGCUGCUGUUGAGGGUGAUGAUGUUGUUUCAGAGGUUGCAGCUGCUGUUGAGGGUGACGCUGUUGUCUCAGAAAUUGAAGCUGCUGUUGAGGGUGAUGAUGUUGUCUCAGAGGUUGAAGCUGUUGUUGAGGGUGAUGAUGUUGUUUCAGAGGUUGCAGCUGCCGUUGAGGGUGAUGAUGUUGUUUCAGAGGUUGACGCUGCUGUUGUGGGUGAUGAUGUUGUUUCAGAGGUUGCAGGUGCUGUUGUGGGUGAUGAUGUUGUCUGAGAGGUUGAAGCUGCUGUUGAGGUUGAUGAUGUUGUUUCAGAGGUUGCAGCUGUCGUUGAGGGUGAUGAUGUUGUUUCAGAGGUUGCAGCUGCUGUUGUGGGUGAUGGUGUUGUCUCUGAGGUUGAGGGUGAUGAUGUUGUUUCAGAGGUUGCAGCUACUGUUGAGGGUGAUGAUGUUGUCUCAGAGGUUGAUCCUGCUGUUGACGGUGAUGAUGUUGUUUCAGAUGUUGCAGCUGCUGUUGAGGGUGAUGAUGUUGUCUCAGAAGUUGAAGCUGCUGUUGAGGGUGAUGAUGUUGUCUCAGAGGUUGAAGCUGCUGUUGAGGGUGAUGAUGUUGUCUCAGAGGUUGAAGCGGCUGUUGAGGACUGAAGACAUUGUUUGGGAUUUUGUAGCUCCUGGUGAUGAAGUGGUAGCUAAAGAUUCAGUGGAUGAUGGCAUUGUAGUUGUACGCAAUACUGUAAAUGUUUCCAAAGUUCUUGAAGCAGAAGUGGUGUUCUGA